CCAUGCCUGGCUAUAAAUAGGGUGACAAUAUCUCCUCUCUCUCAUAACUCACAAGAACUUGCAGCAGCUCGGGUCGUCUUGCAUCACCAAUCGCACGAGAUCCUCUUUAACUCCAAGUACAGUCCAGUACUGUUGUACGGCCAGGACAGGAGAAAGAUGGGCAAGCAAAAGAUUGUGCUCAAGUUGCCCCUGGAUGACGAGAGGAAGAAAAGGAAGGCCUUCAAGGCUGCCGUUGGCAUGAAUGGUGUGACAUCCGCCACGAUGGAGGGCGACAAGAUCAUCGUGGUCGGCGACGGCGUGGACCCGAUCACGCUAACGACGAUGCUCCGGCGCAGCCUCGGCUACGCGGAGCUGCUCAGCGUCAGCUCCGGCGAUGACAAGAAGAAGGGGGACGGAUACGGCUACGGCUACGGGGGUGUCAUGAUGUACGGUGGCGGCAAGGAGGGAAAGGAAGGAAAGGAGGGCAAGGAGAGCGGCGGCAAGGGCGGCGGCGGUGGCUACGGGCAGUACCAGGCGAUGGCGCCCGUCUCGUACCCUGCCUACCAGCAGUACAACGCGAUGCCGUCCUACCCCGUCUACUCCUACCCUGCUUACCCGCAGCAAGAACAGGAUCCUGGAUGCACCAUAAUGUAAAUCUAGGAGCCUGAAAGACACUAUUGUUCGUGCAAGUUAAUCUGGAGAUCGGGUUGAAGGUGGCAAGAACGUGGAGGUUAAUUUGUUGGAUUCAGGCCAAGAUGAGGCUUGAUGAAGGCUUCAACUCUGCGAAGCAGGAUGUGGAUGCUAGCAGCGAGCAGCUGAGCAUCAUCAGUGUGAGUAUGUACAGGGUUUGUCAGGUGGGUGCAGAGGGCAGAGUUGGGGUGGAGUUCAUGGAAGGGGAACGCAGGGCUGUUACACAAGUGCUUAUAGUAGGCGAUGGUGAUUUCAUUUCUAGUGCAGGCUGAGUAGCAGCAGCGUUUUCUUUUCGGUUCUUUGUUUUCUGGGGGAGGAAGAUGUAGUGUUUGUCGAAGGAAAGGAUCGGAGGCAAUAAAAGAAAAUUUGUACAAUGACGA